AUGGUUCGUGUACUGCGCCUUGUGGACGGCCCUUCACCACCUGCUCACAUAGUUGCUCUCGGCCCUGUCACCCGUCCACCGCUUGCGCCCCCUGUGAGAAGCCCUGCGAAGUCCGUUGCAGGCACAACAAAUGCCCGAAGAAGUGCAGUGAACCAUGUGUCCCUUGCGCUGAGAGGUGUGGCUGGAGUUGCAGUCAUCGACAAAACAAUAUCUGCAGCCUGCCAUGCGCAGUGCCCUGCAAAGUACUGCCAGGAAUGCGGUAGUGACACUGUGUUGGAUCGGUGUGUUGAUUUCAUCACGUUGGAGCGAUAUGGUGGCAUCAAUGUUAAUGAAGAUCCAUUGGUCUUCCUAUCUUGCGGCCACUACUAUACAGUUUCCAGCCUCGACGGUAUCAUGGAAAUCAAGGAAUACUACAAUAUUGAUCCUCACACAGACGCUAUUGUCAGUCCGCGACUGUCACGACGUGUGGUGAGUGACGACGCGAAACUUCCUGGAUGCCCAGAGUGCCGUAUACCACUUCGGGAUAUCCAUCGGUAUAACCGGAUAGUUAAGAAGGCAUUACUUGAUGAGUCAACCAAGCGAUUCAUUGUCACUGCCAAUUUGGCGUACAAAAAGCUCGUUAUGGCAAUCGAAAAACGGGAGACGCAACUAGAAGAAGAAGGAGGGGAGCUCAUACGCAAGCUUGCAACUGGGGCGGAACAGUCUGGCCACUCCCAUAAUGGUGACCUGCUCAAAGCUUACUGCAAGAAAAGCAAACUCGAAAAAGUAAUCCAGAAGUUCGUCAAUUCCAUGACGGCUGCAGAGCAACCCUAUGGAAGGGUCAAUAAUCUGCUCGCAUCAGCAGCCGUCGGGCAAAACAGCGUACCCAACGAUACGUAUAACAUGGAUGAUUCAAAGAUCCAAACUGGGUUUCAUAUCCGCGGCCAAUGCCUCCAACUCAGGCUCGCCUGGGCUAUACUGUGGGAUUACAGGAGGGUUUCCAUUGUCGCAGUGGUUGACUCAGAAAUCCGUUCCGAGCUGCGCAAUGUGGUAGUGAACCGAAUCAAGGGCUUAAUGGACACUUCUAUCUCCGUCCGGGAUGCCAGCCAGGCCGCAAAACUUUUAGUAGAGCAGGUCCAAGCAAUGAUUUACUAUGCGCUAUUUUGUAUACUAUAUCUGAGUACCUGCGAAGAAAAAGAUCAACCUCUCGAUAUGGACACAGCCACCAAACUUCGCCAGAAUGCUUCAGAUGCUUUGGAAGAAUGCGAUGCUCUACGGAUUGACAAACCGAGAACACUAGGCUUUCUACAAGAUGACAUCGAAAAGGCGAAGAGGUUGCUGGAUGGUGGAACGUUCUAUAGCUUUGUGACAACCGACGAAAAGCGACAAGUGUAUGAAGCCAUGGCGACUCAAUUUUCUGGAACUGGACAUUGGUACUACUGCCGAAACUCCCAUCCUUUUACGGUCGGGGAAUGUGGAAUGCCGAUGGAGGCAGCCCGAUGUCCUCAAUGCGGAGAAGGCAUUGGAGGACACAACCAUGAGUCCCUUCCAGGCGUCCGUCACGCGGAUGAUAUCGAGCAAGCGUUUAGACAUUUUUAG